AUGGAUUCAUUCAACUCCAAAAUUGAGUCUGCAAUCUCUGCAGGUAAAGUUGCAGGUGCCGUCACGGCUGCCAGCAAUGCCACAAGAUCAUUCAAUCACGCCUCAUCCUACGGACCUCGUUCUCUUCACUCCACCUCAUCUACACCCUUGAAACCAGAUGCCAUCCUUUGGUUGGCCUCCUGCACUAAACACUUAACCUCAAUUUCCGCUCUCCAAUGUGUUGAGCGCGGCCAAUUCACUCUCGAUGAAGAUGUUUCUCGACUUCUCCCUGAGCUCAAACUCGAGGAUCUUGAUAUCCUCCAGGGUUUUGAUUCCGAGGAAAAGCCCAAACUUGUCAAGGCCACGAAGAACAUCACGCUCCGCAUGCUUCUCACCCAUACAUCCGGACUAGCAUACGAUCUCUUCACACCUGACCUGAUUCGCUGGAGAGCUACACGCGGUGAAGUCGCCACUCUUGACAAAGGAACCGUGAUAUCACGUUUUAAAACCCCAUUGACAUUUGAACCUGGAACUUCUUGGGCCUAUUCUUCUGGACUUGAUUGGGCCGGUCUAAUGAUCUCACGAGCCAACAACAUGACAUUGGAAGAGUACAUGCAUAAAUACAUAUGCGCACCCCUUGGCAUCACAGAUUUCACAUUCCACAUCGAUCAAAAGCCUGCUUUGCUUUCACGAUUGGUUGAUACGACCCUUCGCGUCGGAGGCAUGACUCCCUUCGGUACGACUGCCAAUCCCACUGGAGCGCUCGUCCAUUUCGAGGGCAGGUUUUGGUCACCAGACCAAAUCGACGACGUAGGCGGAGCAGGAGCUUACAUGAGUAUGCCCUCUUACCAAAAGGUCUUGCACAGUAUCACAAUUUCAGACGAGAAACUUCUCAGCAAAGCGAUGAAUGAUAAGAUGUUUGAAGCGCAAUUGACAGAGCCGCAAUUGGCGACUUUGAAUUACAUACGUCAGAUUCCGGAAAUGCGCUAUAUAAUAACCCCCUCAGUUCCAGUCGAUACAAAACUUAAUCAUGGAUUAGGAGGAAUGAUACUUCUGGAAGAUCUGGAAGGGAGGAGAAGAAAAGGGGCAAUGUAUUGGUGCGGUUUGCCAAAUUUACUUUGGUGGGCUGAUCGAGAAGCAGGUGUUAGUGGAAUCUAUGGGAGUCAGUUGAUACCUACUGCGGAUAAGCAAAUUAUAGAGAUGUUUGAAGAGUUUGAGAAGGCUAUUUAUGCAGAGGUGGGGGCUUGA